GCUCCAAGAAAAAAAAUGGCUGCAAAGGAGAAGCUGGAGGCAGUGUUAAAUGUGGCCUUGAGAGUGCCCAGCAUCAUGCUGUUGGAUGUGCUGUACAGAUGGGAUGUCAGCUCCUUCUUUCAGCAGAUCCAAAGAAGUAGCCUCAGUAAUAACCCUCUUUUUCAGUAUAAAUAUUUGGCUCUUAAUAUGCAUUAUGUAGGUUAUAUCUUAAGUGUUGUUCUGCUAACUCUGCCAAGGCAGCAUCUGGUUCAGCUUUACCUCUAUUUCUUGACUGCCUUGCUCCUCUAUGCUGGACAUCAGAUCUCCAGGGACUAUGUUAGGAGUGAACUGGAGUCCGCCUAUGAAGGACCAAUGUAUUUAGAACCUCUUUCCAUGAAUCGUUUUACCACAGCCUUAAUAGGUCAGUUGGUGGUAUGUACUUUAUGCUCCUGUGUCAUGAAAACGAAGCAGAUUUGGCUUUUUUCAGCUCAUAUGCUUCCUCUGCUGGCACGACUCUGCCUGGUUCCUCUGGAGACCAUUGUUAUCAUCAACAAAUUUGCUAUGAUUUUUACUGGAUUGGAAGUUCUGUAUUUUCUUGGAUCUAAUCUUUUAGUCCCUUACAACCUUGCUAAGUCUGCAUACAGAGAAUUGGUUCAGGUAGUGGAGGUGUAUGGCCUUUUAGCCUUGGGAAUGUCCCUGUGGAAUCAGCUGGUAGUCCCUGUUCUUUUCAUGGUUUUCUGGCUCGUCUUAUUUGCUCUUCAGAUUUACUCCUAUUUCAGUACUCGGGAUCAGCCUGCAUCACGUGAGAGGCUUCUUUUCCUUUUUCUGACAAGUAUUGCUGAAUGUUGCAGCACUCCCUACUCGCUUUUGGGUUUGGUCUUCACCGUUUCUUUUGUGGCCUUGGGUGUUCUGACCCUCUGCAAGUUUUACCUGCAGGGUUAUCGUGCUUUCAUGAAUGAUCCUGCCAUGAACCGGGGCAUGACGGAAGGAGUCACACUGUUGAUAUUGGCCGUGCAGACAGGCCUGAUUGAGCUGCAGGUGGUGCACCGGGCCUUCCUGCUCAGCAUCAUCCUCUUCAUUGUCGUGGCUUCUAUCCUCCAGUCCAUGCUGGAGAUUGCUGACCCCAUCGUGCUGGCGCUUGGAGCUUCUAGAGACAAGAGUUUAUGGAAACAUUUCCGUGCUGUGAGCCUUUGUUUAUUUUUACUGGUGUUCCCUGCUUACAUGGCUUAUAUGAUUUGCCAAUUUUUCCACAUGGAUUUUUGGCUUCUUAUCAUUAUUUCAAGCAGCAUUCUCACUUCUCUUCAGGUUUUGGGAACACUUUUUAUUUAUGUCUUAUUUAUGGUUGAGGAAUUCAGAAAAGAGCCAGUGGAGAACAUGGAUGACGUCAUCUACUAUGUGAAUGGCACGUAUCGCCUGCUGGAGUUUUUGGUGGCCCUCUGUGUGGUGGCCUAUGGUGUCUCAGAGACCAUCUUUGGAGAAUGGACAGUCAUGGGCUCCAUGAUUAUCUUCAUCCAUUCUUAUUACAAUGUGUGGCUUCGUGCUCAGCUGGGCUGGAAGAGCUUCCUUCUCCGCAGAGAUGCUGUGAAUAAGAUUAAAUCAUUGCCCAUUGCUACGAAGGAGCAGCUUGAGAAACACAAUGAUAUAUGUGCCAUCUGUUACCAGGACAUGAAAUCUGCUGUGAUCACCCCUUGCAGCCAUUUCUUCCAUGCAGGCUGUCUCAAGAAGUGGCUAUAUGUCCAGGAGACCUGUCCUUUGUGCCACUGCCACCUCAAGCACUCUGCCCAGCCCCCAGGCUCUGCAGCAGAGCCAGGGCCCCCACCUCACACUGAUGUUGAGCCCCAUGGUAGGCUGAAUCCUCCUGGGCAAGAGCCACCUCAAGGGACUGGGGCACAGGAAGGCUCUAGGGACAGUGGUGAGUGUGUCCCCACAAAUUUAGACAGCCCAGAGGGUACUCUCGGUCCCCAAGAAUGUCCUCUUAGCUCCAGUGAUGUGACCAGUCCGGUGGGGGUCAGCCUAGAAGAACAGCAUCAGGAGUGACCUGAGGAAACUGAAGCAGAGGACAUGCACGUGAAGUCGUGCUCAGACUUGGAGGGAAUAUAAGAGAGGGUCGGGCAUGAGCCAUGACAUUCCACAGAGUGAGGACCACCUGCUUUCGUCUCCAUGAUGGUGUGAGAAGUUUGCUAGGUCUCCUCUGCACGGAGUAUCUGUACAUCUGUGCUGACGUUGUGUGGAAGUUCAUCCAGAAAAUUAGCCUUGGCAACUUCACAGACUGCCCCCCAAUUGUGAGGGGUGAAUAAAACCAGCACUGGGUAUAUGAAGGGGCUGAAGAAAGGAGGCCACAAAGCACGAGACCAGCCUGGGAAGAAGCAGGCAGAGAGGGACCAGGAUCGUCUGUCACAAAGUGUGAGUGGUGGUGACUGGCCUUUUUCCUCCACCACCUUCCCCGAGUAAUUGGAACUCAGUCAGGUGAAUUCCUGAGUUUGGACAGCACUGAAAGAAAAUCAAAGAUGUCAAAACAUUGAUUGUAUUCCCAGACCAAAGCACGCGCAGACUUGGCAUGUGCUGUAGGGGUGGGGCGGGGGGCGCGGGCCUGCCGGGUACGUUCAUGUAAUCCAAGACUCUUGACCUCUAUGAUGGAGUCUUAAAUAUUUUGAUGUAUAUGAGACUUUUGUUAAUAUAUUGUAUACUGUGUUGGCUGUGUGAAGUAAACUAAAACUCUGAUGAACACUUUGGAGUGCACUUCAGUGUAGGAAACCAAAGUGGGAAGGGCUUUAGGGCACUGAAAGAGCCCCAAGUGUACUUUCCAAUCUUGUGUAAUGUUUAAUUCUUGCAACUGAAUCAAAACAGUGUUAAAUCAUGGCAAUAUUUGCACUUGGGGAAUGAAUACAUAACUGUAUGACCACACUCUGCAAAUGCCACUUUUAAAGCUGUUAAUAGACUUUGCACCUUUUCUUUGACAAGGAUGUGUCAUAUUAAAAUUUUUACAUACAUCAUGGUUACAGGUAGAACUGGGGAGGGGGGGAAGGUAAUUUUCUAUGGGAAUUUUGAUAUGAAAAGAAACUAGUCAUUUAUUUAUACAAUAGGCUUGGCUCAAAAAGUGUUUUUCAGAUUUGGUAUUCCUAAUGUGGGAUGUGACUUUAUUUUAUUUUUAGUAGCAAAUUUGGAUGUAGACUGACAGGCAUAGCUGAAUGUCUCAAUAAAUUUAAAUUUGA